CUUUGGAUUAACCCAGAACUUAUCUGUAUAUCAGUUCAGAUGCACUGAACACAGACGAAGAAAAGUCAAAGGACAAGAACAGUAGUGACUCAGAAGAUGAAAGGAAGAGAAAGAAGAAGAAGAAGAAGGAAAAGAAGAAGAAGCGGAAGAAGGAGAAAAAGAAGAGGAAGAAGGAGAAGAAGAAGGCUGCCAAAAAGAAGGUCUCCUCCAGUUCCUCUUCCAGCUCUGACUCUGACUCAGACUCUGAGUUGACAUGGAUUGAGAAAAAGAAGGACAGCAAAGGAGAAAUGACAGAAGAGGUUGUUGUAGGUCCAGUGCCAAAGCCUCAAGUAACAUUGUCCAAGAAGGACUAUGGCAAGGCACUCUUACCAGGUGAAGGUGCAGCUAUGGCAGCAUAUGUGGCAGAAGGCAAGCGUAUACCCCGUCGUGGUGAAAUUGGAUUGACCUCAGAUGAGAUAAAGGAGUUUGAGGAAGUGGGUUAUGUCAUGAGUGGAAGCAGGCACCGUCGCAUGGAGGCUGUGCGUCUGCGAAAGGAAAACCAGAUCUACUCAGCAGAUGAGAAGCGGGCCCUGGCCAUGUUCAGCAAGGAGGAGCGUCAGAAGAGAGAGAACAAGAUCCUGACCCAGUUCAGAGACAUAGUACACAACAGGCUCAAUAAGAAGUAAAAGCCUCUUUACUAGGGGGCAUUAUUUCAGCUUGUGUUGGAAAAGAGAGAGAAGGAUUGCUGAGCUGUUCUCAGUUUUUCUGUACAAUUCUAUUAGGAAUUUUUAUAGAGAAGAAGAGAUUUAGGAUUAUUUUUUUGUAUAAAACUUGGAAUUUAUGACUUUGGCCUUUCUUAAAGCCUAGAAUUUACCCUAAAUUUAUAAUGAAUUAGAUUGAACAUUUCUUAGAUGACUACCACUUUCAUUUUACUCUAAAAAUCUAGUUAUAUUCUAUAUAGUAUAAACAGUAAAGCAAGUUAAUGAGAAGGGUUCACUUUGAUGUGUGUAUAUAUUUAGGUUCAAGAGAAUUCAUUUGUGUGUAGGGUUUGAUAUUGGCCUGCUGAUUCUAUUUCGUGUGAAAAGUUGUAUGCAUUCUCAUUUAACAAGUAUCAUUGUAUUUAUUAAUUUCCAUACUUAUGUUCCAGAAACUGUCACUUGUUGAUUUAUCUUAAAGAUGUCUCUGUCUUUUUUAAAUAUUCUUUUAUAAGAAAAUAAAGAAUGCUGAGGCACCUGAUUUCAGCAAAAUGAAUCAUUAA